GUUACGUGGUUACGUCGUACACGCGAAAGAACCGACCGCCGUUCCGCCGGUACAGGUAGUAUAGUAGUGUGUCUCCACGGGUCUACGAAUACGUGCGCCGCACAGAUGUUCGCGCUACUACAACUACGUUAUUAAAAAAAUACCAUUUUAAUAAUUCCAUCGUAUCGUUAGUGUUUCACCGCGUACCGUUGUAUUUUACAAUAAUUAUUUCAUUAUAAUUUUGUGUUCCAGCCGUGUGUACAAUAUCAUUUCGGUUAUUCGGUUUCACGCGAUAUCGAAGAAUUGUUACGGGGUUAUUAUUAUUAUUCGUUUACUUUUUUUUUUUCUGUGUAAUGUGCGACCGGCGACGUACACAAAAAGAUCACUGAGUACGACGACGAGUAUACAGGUAUAAUUAGUAAUAUGAUCGUUUUUGCGUGCCGGAAAACCGUUUGAUCGCGACGCGGGUCCGCGACAGCAGCAGCAGCAGCAGUCGUUUACCGACGCUCUACGCCCGGACGCGGAUACGUAUACUUGGACAUUGCCGUCGACGUAUCGUUUUCCCGACCAAAACCGUAAGUUUACAACCCCGAACAUAUUAUCGAUAUUGUAUAAUUAACACCAUUCGUACCGUUCGAAACAAACCGCGAACGACAUAAAUUGUAAAACAAAUUCGGACUCGCAUUCGCCAUCCGUAGAGCACUCGAAUCGACUGCCGAUGCGUUUCAUCAUCAUUUUUUCAAUCGUUUGGUUUGAUUCUCCGUCGGCGUUGAAAUUUUCGUAAAUGAUGACAGUUCACCGCGCCGUAACACACCCGUUGAAAUAUUAUAGUAUUACAUCAUUAAAACCAUCGUGAAGUCUGUUCCGCGGGAUCUCAUGUACAUUUACACUAAUAAAUAAUAACAAUUACAAUAUUUGUACCCGAACGAUUAUUUUAUAGUAUUCGACAGUCACCGUGACCGACCGCGCGAAUCAUUAUACGUCCGUCAUGACGCGUUUACAGGUUACGGGUUCACGACGAAGUCGAAAGAACCUUAAUAUAACUCGGAGCCCAGCGUUCAGAUCUCCGAGAUUUACAAGACAUUCUUAGUUCUCGUUUAUCCGUUCGUCAGCUAUGCGGAAAAACUCAUCGCGUCUUGUUUUUUGCUCCGUUGUACCGAACUCCGAAGUAUGGGUACGCGACGUUAGAUUUGAUGGCGAUUUAUUUUACUAAUUUCAUUCGCUAUACUCGCGUUCGCGUCCGAUACAGUAAUAAUACAACACGGUACACUAACUGCAAUAUACAAUAAUAAUAUUGUAUUAUACUAAUAGCAUAGCCGCGUUACUUUCAUAUUGUGCACACCGCAUACAUUUCGCUACAAUGUUAUUAUGUUUGUAAUCUGCGCAAUAUGUACCGCGGGUACUAGCGAUCCGAAUAACACGGAAAUGUAUUAUUAUUAUUGUUGUUAUUAGAACACGCGGCAUAAAGUUCGAGCCGUUUUACGAUCUAUGUGUCUGCAGUAACAAGUAUUAUAAGUAUAUAGUCGUAGUAGAUAGUUGUAGUAGUCACUAUAGUUAAUCGACCGCGGCUUCGACGUUGUUUAUUUAUAAGUCCGUAAUGUCGUGGGAGGGGAGGGAGGGAAGGAGAAAUCAUAUACAUUCGCCCCGGUCAAUAGCGUUUAAAUUCGAACGAGCCCGAGCGAUAAACGAAAUCGGAUGACGGACACGUCCGAUCCGUCAAAAAACCGCCCAUAUAUACAUCCGAUAAGACGGUAUUUUUUUAUUGAGAAAAAUCGUGUACCGGUAUGACAACGCCGCAGCACAUCCGUGUGUGUCGUCAUUGCCAGUGUGUUUCUCGAAACGAAAAAGUUCGGUUCACAGAGUUACGGAAUCGGAGCCGAACAAAUCGCCCGUCGUACGAGAAUUCGUAGCUUAUGAUGAUGUACAUUAUAAUAUAUUCAAAUCGAAUAACCGUUAAAACUAUACGAUAUUAUCGAUCGAUCGCGGUGUCAAUUAGUUAAUGUACCGGAAACGAACAAGAAAAUACUAUCCACAUAAUAUUGUAACAUAUAGUUUCGGUGAUUAUUCCCUCCCUCUCUCUCCUUCCCUUCGAUAAAAACCUCGGUCGACAGACCAUUAUAAUAUUCUAUUAUACGCGCCGUAUAUAAUAAUAGUUAAUCCUUUUAAAUUGAUCAUUGCGGUUAGCCGCACACACGCGGCCACACGCACGCACACACACACACACGUCUUUCAGCGGGUACAAGGUAUCGGUGCAUAUUGUAUGGUGGCAAGCGGGUAUACCUGUACGCCGCGAUCAUUACGGUUAAUAAUGUUAUUUACAAAUUAUACAAGUUCAUCGCGUGAACCUCGUUAGUGAACACACUGUAUAUUGUGCGCCAUUGAUUCUUGUAUAUGCGCGGCAUAAUAUAAUAUUAUAUACGGUACAAUCAUAAACGAUUUGUUCCGGCGAUAUCAUUCUGCUGGGGGGGGGGGAAACUGAUUAGUGGCCGACUGACUUUACGAAAAAUAAUGGUGGUUUUUUUUUUUUUUUUGGUUUUUUUGCUCGGCGAUUUUUAAAAUAAUAAUAUUGUAGCCCGUUGGAUUUUAUUUCCGUUGUUUUGCGCGUCGAUUUGACGGACUCGGGUGAGUUUAUAUAGGGGACGAUCAUCAAUCGCCUCAUUAGUUUCGCGUAUCUAUAGCAAAUUAACAACGCUAUAUUAUUCGAUCGCGUGAAAUUCAGCUAUCGUCUUCGCCCGCCGAUGCAUAUAAACAACUGUUUUAUUAAUAUUUUGUCACUUUUCGGUUAUUAAUAGAGCAACGGGAUUCAUAAGCUACACAAAACGAGUCUUUAAUUGUUCACGCCAAACUUCCUCCACCAUUACCACCACCGCCACCACUGGUAGGUAGGUCGCGAGUAUCAUGCUUCACGUCUUCUUGAAGGGUGCGCCACACGCCGUGGGAAAACUUCUAUAUAGUAUGGUAUCAUCGUAUAGAUAUAGUCGGCAUUGUGAUUUUGUAUGUGUGUGUGUGUGUGUGUAUGUGUAAAUAUAAUAUAAGUAGUGUGUGUGUGUGCGUGUACAGAGUCGAUGCCCUGUCUACUGUGGUCACCUCUCUUCCGGCCCGGGCCGGCUCACGGGUUGUAGAAUGCCGUUGGGUCAAGGCUAUAGAUGCUCCCGCCGCCACGGUGAUCGCCAUACAGACUCGCGCGCCCCGCGAUGCUUUCGUAGGCCAAUAAUUCUCCCACUGCGGUUUUCGUCGUUGCCACCGCCGUCACUACUGUCCGCCACUUCAAGAUCGCCACUAUGUGUGCGUGCGUGUGUGUGUGUGCGCGCUCAUAAGUGUAUGUGCGCGCGCGCGCGUGUGUGUGUGUGUGUGCCACCUGACCUAAAUUAACUCGUGUACCUGAUCCGCCCGCGGCGUAUAGGUGCGCGCUGACGAAAAAUAAGAAGUGAAAAAAAAAAUAAAAAUAAAAAUCGUCUGUACGGCCCGCGUGCAGCGUAGGUAUAUACGUAUAUAAUACGUGUACCUACCGAACCGGCAGAAACCGCGUGCGCGCAAAACUUCAGUGCAGAUUUUAUUAAUAUAAUCGUUUCCAAAUCCGCUUAUUAGUCAUACACAUUGCGGAUUGUAUUCGUAUAGAGUCUCGUACCGUUUUCAGAGCAUAUAAAACACGUAAUUUUUAUUCCUCGGCGUUUGCCUCGGCGAAAUGAAUGGGUACGUCGUUGUAGCGUUCCAAUAUGAAAAUCCUAAUAAAAUAAGCCAACACAAAAAAGGCACUAAAGAUCGCCGUGAGUUUACCUCAACAGUAAAUAAAAUUAUCUGUUUUAUUGAAUUUUUUAUAUGUGCAUUAUAAUAUACGAAGAGAGAGGGAAAUGAGUUAUCCGGCUUCCAUACAUUAAUUUAGACGGUGGGGAGUUUAGGUAUUUUAGGAUUUGGUCCAAAAAAAAAAAAAUGGUGUCUCCCAUAAUCCGGUUAGGACACCAGACAGGUUUGAUAAUGUCAGCCCCGGGGCCCCCUUCCUUCAUUCUUGUGCCCCUGCUCGUAUACACCACUGCCGCACGUGAAGCACACCCGGUCCCGUCGACGAUCAUUAUUAUUAUUAUUACCAGCCAUGGUUUAACCACGCACGCGCAUCAACUUUGGAUGGUCCGCCACAGCCGCCAACGGUUCAUUUGAAAUUCAUAACAGGUCCGAUACUGAUUGUAAGAAUGUCAGGAAUUUGACCGACUGCACCGCGAUGGGCACGCUUUCCAAAUAAUAUAAUAUGUCUCUCGCGCUGCUUACGAGCACGCGACGGCGCAGGUGCGAUGACGUCACCGGGACAUCCGCUCGUGUUUCGACCGGUGACUCGCUGUCCGAAGGAAAUCUGACCGGUCCCGCCACUGUUAUUAUCAUACACACACAAACACUUAAUUUUAUACAAACACGCGGUUCUAAAAGGCCGAACCCAGUGCCGAGGGGAUCGGAGAAGCACUGCCAGCUAGAAGCGUUCGUUUAGAAAAUAAAAGAGGCCCUAAAUUUAUAAAAAUCCGAAAAUUAGAUUAAAACAAUAUCAACAACACCGCAUGACAAAAACUGUCUAAAUGAUUAAAAUUAAAAACAUAUUUCCUAUAAAGCCUAUACGAAACAAAAUUGUGUCAUUCCGCUCAAAUUGAUUUAUUUUCGACCACAACUUAUGGAGACAAAGCGAUGUAAUCAGAAUUCACCUAAAUCGAGUAAAAAAUUUAAACCAUAGAAAACUACAAAAUAAUAAACUAUAGAUAACUAAAAAAGUAUUUUGGAAAUGUAUACUACGUUACCAAAUGCUAACAUGAGUAUUCGGUGAUCAUUUCUGGGUUCUACAAUUAUUUCCCAUUACAGAAAAAAAAAAUAAAUAUUCCAAUUUGUCGAGGUUUUCUUCGGUUUUCUACUAUUAUAAAGAAAACUCAUGGAAUAAUAAACAGUAACCAUCACAGGGUACUGGUUUCAUAUGCGAUCUACAUUUAUUUCUUAUAGAAUUUUUCGUCGCGAAAGUUUAUUAUUAUUUUAUUACAAAUUGAUAUUUUCAUUUUACUUUCGACAGGGCCUGAUCAAUCAAUAGGCUAAACAAACUGCAGCCUACGGUGCGGUUAAAUUGGGGGCAUAUGGAUUUCUCUCAAAUUGUUAUCUGUAUGUAUCAGUGACCAUAGGCGUAAAAAAAAAGAUCAUCGCGGAAUCAACCUCAGACUACUGGUGCCAAAUCCAUUAAUCAGUUCCUGUCUGUCAGUUUAAAUAUCGUUAUAUAGUCGUCCGUUGACUAUUGAAACAUUAUUGUUAAUUUUUUUUCGUCGUUAUUUUUAUUCUUAUAUAUUGUAUAUCCAUUAUGACGAACCCGACCAUAUUUAAUAAAAUUAAUUUCAAUAAUGGCAAAUCGUAUUUCAUUGUUUACUAUCGGUAGAUCGCUUACGAAACUAGUAAGCAAAAUGUAAAUGACAUGUACGAGACCGGUACCCGUAUAACCCAUCCCAAUGGGUUAUAUUGGGUUAUAUUGGGUCUCGCUUCUUCUUCUAUAUUAUACUAUACGCAAUAUCGGUUAACCAUUUUCCGUAACCUACAGUCGCGGCACGCAUACGGCCCGCAAACCCCUCGUUGAACGGUCUCACACGAUCCUCCACCCCCCCCCCCNCCCCCCUCGUCCGCCCGCCAAAAAACACACGCGUUAUAAGUAUUAUCGCAGUGUAUACAUGCGCGGCAUUGUCGCAACGUGACAGAAAUGUUAAAAUUCAUUAAAUCCAGGACGGCGCUGACAAUGAACUCACGGGCGAACAAUAGGAAUCCGCGACGUCGCCGCCCAACAGCCGUCAUCAUCCGAUUCAUGCGACCGAUCGACCGAUGGGAUACCUGUUGCCGCACUACGGAAAGUAGGUCGAUACGCCAAGGAAAAGAAAAUCGAAACGCGAAAUAAACACUAUAUGUAUAUAAUAUAAUUAUAUCGUAUGCCGCAUUGACGAGUCCGCUAAUCCGAUUAAUGACGUUAUUGCGGAGACGAAGAAAAUAUCGUCGUCAAUAAUAAGAAAACCAUUUGUCGAUGACAAAAAAAAAAAAAAAAAAAAAAAUAAGUCCACUAUAUACACGCGCGCGCGCGCAGAUUUUCUUUCUUCCUUUUUUCUUUUUUUUUUUUUUUUUUGUCAGAUAAAUACUUUUCAUUGAUGCCGCGCACUAUCCUGUAUACCUACUGUAUUAUCGCCGCGACAACACGCCUUGUGAAGAACAACUCGUUUCCAUGCAUCGCAUCGUUUUUCUGAGAAUCUUUAGAACAUAUAGAUUUAAUAAUUUAUCCGGCGCGCUUAAAACGGACACUGUACGGAAACCCGUUUCUUUCUUCCUUGUGAUGUUUUUUAUUUUUUUUUUCUCAUCUUUCAUUCUCACGCGACAGACUAUGAACGCCGUAGGUACAGGCUACACAGACGCAUUGAUUAUUCUUUUUGUGUUUUUUUUUUUUUUUUAUUUCUAAUAUUUUUCGUCAUUCAUUCGUUUGGUUGUAUAUACAAUUCACGGACAGCGAAAGUAAAUCGCACGUCGUCGUAAAAACUACAAAACGACUGACAUACAAUAAAAGACGCCCACGUGUUAUCGAAUUACCACGUGAUGAUGAGGACCCGACAAGGUGGUGGUACGACUGAAUACUGAUGAUGAUGAGUAUCAUGAGUUCUUGUCAAAAAGUUGUUUGUUUAUAAUCAUAGCAUUUCGUUUCACAACGUUAAAAAUCCGACACUUUCAUAAUAUAUAUAUUAAAUUUUGUAUAUUUUAAGAUUUUCACAUUUUCAAGGCAUAUUUCAGAUUUUAUAAUUUUUUGAGGGCAGCGAGGAAUGUAUUGGUUUUAUAUUAAGAUGUACAUUUUUUUUCAUGUCUAUUAACGAUUAUGAAUAACUUGUCAGAUAAACUAUUGCUAUCUGGGACUCUUCUAUCAGAAAUAUUGUUUCGAACUUCAAGCAUAGCACCUUUUCUGAAAGAAAAUCGUACAUAAUUAAUAAUUUAAUUUGUUGGUGGGUUUUCUUAAUAAUUAGCAUAAAAGGUAACAAAAACGGGAAAAUUUACCCAAUACGGUUUAUCGUUGCGUACAUGAUAUAUAACAAAUUAUAACUUUAUAUACCCUACCUUCCCAACUUCCCACCUACAAUAAAGAAACACCCGUCAAUACCUACUCUAUUUUAUUUUUUAAUCUAUUAAGUAAUCAAGCAAUCAAUAAAUACCAAUAAAUCGUUCAAAAAUUGUAUAAAUAUUAACUUAAGUAUCCGAGUUUUAGUCAUAUAAAUAUUUUCUCACAUUAUUUAUCAAUUCCGUUCAUUAUAGUAUGAUAGGUUAUAAUUUAUUUUCAAAAUAUUAUUAUUGACAAUCUGUAAUCGAAGGAAUUCUUUUCUUUUUUUAAUGUUUUCUCUUAAGACAAUGAACACCACUAAACAAGUACGUAUAGGGCCGUGGGGGCCCAUGAAAUCGUAUGUACUUUAAUCAUAUAAUAUUACAUAAAAUAUAGAGAUGUAAUACAUAUUAAUAGAAAAUUGUUAGUUUGACAUGUAUGACAUAACACAUAUUUUUGAUGUGUAAUUUUAUGUAUUGUAGAUUAGUAACUACUUAAGGGGAUUGGUUAACUAUUUACCACAUUUUAUCCGAUGUUAUUCAAUUUGAAAAUAUUUUUUUAGAUAAUAAAUUUCAAUGACCCCUAUAAUGAUAGACUUUUCCACUUAUCCGAUACCUAUUUAAGGGAAGGGGUACUGUUGUUUUAGGUCAAUAAAAAAUUUUUUAUUCAAUUUUGAAAAAUUAUUAUUAUUCUUUAUUUGUAUAUUCUUUUCUAUGAUAGGUAGGUAUGCAAUUGAAAUUAAUUUUUUAAUUUUUAUAAUCUUUAUCGUAAGUAAAAAUCAUAAUAUUUUAAGUACAUUUAUAAAAAUAAAAUAAAAUCAAUUCUCUUUAAGAUUUUCAUACAAAUAGUUAAAUUUAUAAUUCUAACAUAUCCCAGUAAACUGUGAAAAACUUAAAGAAUCAUAAUCCGUUUUUAAAAUUGAAAUCUGUCAAAUGCAAUUCCAACCGUUUUGUCUAGAUUCUAGAUCUAAAUCAAAUAAAAUGUAUACCAUCACGAAUCGCAUACAGCAAUGUAGAGGCAUCUAUUCUGCUAUUUGGUGAUAUCAGUUAUCUUUAAACCCUUUAUAAUUAAAAAUAUGCAAUUCUCCAGGCUAUUAAAACUUGCAUCAACGUAUAAAAAAGAAGACUGGUGGACGAAUUAUAUACUUCAGGAAUUAGAAGUAUAUUGUUCAGUACACAUCUGCAGGUAUUAAAAUAAUAAUAAUAAUAAUAUAUUUUCAACAAUAAUAUACAAUAGAAUAUUUUAUGUUAAAUUAAUUUUCACAAUAUUGCAGGACCCCCUAAAAUCUGAGAUUGAGCUGGGGGAGCCAUUCUCAUAAAUUUUCAAAAUACAUAAGACUAGUCAAAUAAACAAAAAAUUUCAAUCAUGUAAUUAUAUAAUAAUAUUAAGAGAAAAAUCUGACUCUAACGUAUAAUAAUAUAGAUUUGUAUACAAACUAAAAUUUAAAUAUUAGAUAGAUCUAGGUGAUUCACGUAUAAUUUAAACAACUCAAAAUUUUUAAAGUGAUUAAUAUUAAUAUUUAAUGAACUAUAUAAUCUUAAUCCUGUGUUUAAAACACUAUUUUUACCAAAUUCUUUUUUAACAUGUAGUACAUUUAUAUUAACAUUUGUUUUGUAUCUCGUGCUGUGCUCAUGGUAAAAUGGCAUCUGAUUAUUUUUUAAUUUAAAGGUGAGAGUUACUUUGUAAAAAGGUUUUCAGUUAAUAUUACUAAAUCACUUAUACAAGUUCUUACCGCAAUAAUCGAGAAUUUUAUUUAUGAUUAAUCUAAAAAUGUUAGUUUUCACAAAAAUUGUUCAAUGUUUGAUUUUUAUACUGCACCCACAGUUAUAGACAGGUACUAUAAUGUUAAUAUAUCUCUGUAUAAUCGCGGCGUAAAAUACCGUAAUUUUUACGGUUUUCAUCAACAUUUGAGUUUAAACCGCUUAUAAAUAAUAAAACAGCUAAAUUACGCUCAACUUUUUAUUUUUUUACUACUAAUUACAACUCAUAAUGAACCUGGUGUUAAAUUUUCAAGCAUUACUGUUCCACAUAAAACCAUAACAAUAAACAUUCAAAAAAAACAAAAAAAGUAAAAUCUCUUUAAAUAGCUCAAAAUUUGCAAGAAAUUUUACCACGUCUAAAAAAUCUAGAAUAAGUAUUCUGUAAAAAUUUCAGCUCUCUACACUUAUUUUUAACUGAUAUAUAAUAUUAAAGACGGACAUACUUCGCACGAUGGGUAGGCCACUGUUGUAGAUGAGAAGUUGGGAAGAUAAAUUAUAGAGGAGCAAUUUAAUGUAUAUCUGUACGCAACGAUUAAUCUUUGCUAAAAAAAAAUCAUUAUGAAUGGUGUUCGAUUACACAUGUUUUGAAAGACCGUAAUAUUAACGAUUUUCGUCAAAAUUUGAUGUUAAAAUUAUUAUUAAAAAAUUCUAUGUUAAACUCAAUUUUUAUUUUAUUUUUUUUUUUCCUGUCAACAAAGUACGACUUAUAAUAAACCUUCUGUUAAAUUUGUAAGCAUUUCUGUUUGGUCUAAUAAUUAUAUCCACAGAGUACCUACCGCGAAUACAAAUUAUGGAUAAAACUAACAAAAUUAAAAUGUUUAAAAUAGUUAAAAAAAUAUAUAUUGAAAAUCUUACCAUAUUUAGAAAAGAAAAAUAUAAGUUUUUUGUCCAAAUUUAAAGUCUUGACGAAUAUUUUUAACUGAAUCACAUCAAAAAACAAAAUUGUAAAAUAAAUACAUUUCAUACAUUUUCCCGGUUUUUUCCAAUUAUUAUAAAAACCCUUUGAAAAAUCAAAAAAUGACUUCCUUAAAGUACAAUCCAGAUAAAAUUUUCUCUCAGAAAAUUACUACACUUUAAAAUCGUUGCAACAUUUCUGGUAUAAAAAUUGCGUACAGAUAAAAAAUAAAUAAUAAACAUCAUUGUAAAAUCAAUAUAAUCCUCGCUUCGCUCAGAAUCUAAAAACAAAAUCAAAUAAAAAAAAUGGAACUUACGGUAUUAAAGAUUUGUUAAUAACGUUAAAUUUACCGUUUUUCUUAAGUUUUCCUCAGUUUUUCUAAAUUUGUUUUGAAAAUUGCUUGGAAAAACUGUCUUUCUAACUUAAAAAUAAGACAAAAUUAUUUGCUGAAAUGAUAUUGCUCUAAAAACUGGGAGUUAGAUUUUUGGUAGAAAACAAAAAUUUAAAUUAAUGAAAUCGUCAACCCCGUAAUUGUAUUCGUUUUUCGUUUAUGUUUUUUUUCCGGUUAUCCCAAUUAUUAUCAUCUCUAUUCUAUAUUACGUCACUUUAUAAACUAGCUAAACCCAAAUUGCAACGAAAAAAAAAAUUCCCAUGUAAUUUUUUGAUUGAAGUACAAAUUUUGGUAGACUAUUGUUUAUAGACAGUAAAUAAACAAAUUAGCACACGUCAUUAUAUAGUUAAACCAAUUAUUUACAUUACUCAAAACGCUCAGAAUCCAAAAAAUUAAAACAAUAAAUUACAAUUUACAAAUUUCUUUUCUGAGUAUAUUUUACUAAAUUGUCGAACAAAACUACACAUGUAUUUAAUAAAUUCGUAGGGCAUACAAUAUUCUACACAACUACUGCGAAUAAAUCGAAAACGGUUCGUUGAAACGCUACGAUCCAUCCCCCGGUAUAAUAAUUGAUAAAUGCGGUUUUGCCGCGGUCGUUUUAUUUUAUAUUCCACCGCAUUUUUCGGGUUUGUUUAUUACACGUUUGCGCACGAUAAUAUUUCCGUAUCGUAACCAUUGCCGAAGUAGUGAAAAAAAAUAUAUUUCGCUACCAGCCAAAUGUCAGAAAUUCAGCAUUGCGAUCGCGGCAAAGCUAUUAUUAACGGCCGACAGCUGCUGCUGCUGCUGCUGCUGCUGCUGCCGCUGCCGCUGCAGCCAAACGAAAACGUGCGGUUUACGUUUAGCGCAUUGUUUGCUACGAUGAAAUAUCGCUGCGUGUUACUGCGUCUAAACGGACGACUCGCAUGCGCGUUGUAAAAUUCAUAUUAUCAACAAUUGUUUGAACGAAAUCAAUAAUAAUAAGGUGCGCCGGCGAUUUCUAAACACCGCGACCGCGUGGAGAGACGUCCGGCCGUCUGACACAGAAAGUAUACAUGUCGCCGUGUCGGAACGGGGAACUACACGAACUAAUUAAUUAUGAAAUUCCGGUGUUGUACUCGUACCGUACCGAUUUCCUAUACGACUAUCGCACAUCGCCCGUGUAAAAGAUGCGCGCGUCCGAGAUGAUCGUGAGCGGAUUAACUGGAGUACCUAUAAAAAACAAAAGAAAAAGACGGUAUAUGCUCUAAAAAUCACUCGGACAAGCAUUCAAAGCGCAAUUAUUAUUAUUAUUUUAAUGACCUUGCGUUUCUUAAUUCAAGUUCGGAUACAUAUUAUAUAUAUGCCCGCUACGCUCGACUUAGAUUCGACCUACAAAACGUAAUCAUAAUAAUUGUGAAAAACUGUUCGAUACACUAUACAAGUACUACAGAGAAUUAAUUAAUUAUCUUUGUUUCGGUUUUUAUUUUACCGAGUUAAAAAAAAAAAAAUUAUGUACCUAAUUAUUGCGGUCCUCAAUUUAAUAAAACGAGUUCUGUAUAAUAAAUAAAACUGCACUUACCUACUAAAAUAAUACUAAUAAUAAUAGUAUAUUGAUAUUGUACUUAUUCAAAUUUGAACAUAUCAGAUGCAUGCAAUGGGUUUUCAGUAUUUCGGAUAAAAUUAUGUUCAGUGUGAUUCCUUCGUCACUCUACUGGCAAAUACAUAAUUAUAUUUUAUUAGUACGUGAGUGAAACAACCAAACAAAAGUUAUUUAAAAUUUAUUAUAAACAGUUACAACAUUUUUCAUUAUUAGACGUUUUUUCGCGUUGUUCAUUUAUACCUUUUAUACAUUCGCAGCCAUCGAGUCAUCGUAAUUUCUCUUAUCACCAAAACAAAAUGACGAUAACUAUCUACACAAAAGUAGACAACAUGAAUCAAUUAUCAAGAACCGUUAUGGGGUAAACUAUUAUUUACCGAGACGGAAACAAUGGUCAGAAAAUAAUUACAUUAUUGUCUUGUACUAAAAACGGCUCUCUAUCAAAAUAUCCCAUGUUCCUCGAUGACCCGUUAAUAUUUUUUUUUUAAAUUAAAUUAACAUAACUACUGUUAAGUAUUCGCUAUCAAUUCAUGUAUACUAAAAUAAAUCAUUACAAGCAAAAUUGAACUGACAUUUCAAUAGUAUAUAAUAAACAAAAUUACUAUUAUUGAUAUUGCUCGUGGGUUACCACUGUUGAAUGCGAGUAGUUGAGAAAGUAGGGUACAUGCAGGGUAAUUUAGUUUGUAUACUGUAUACAACGGAAAAAUGUGUGUAAAUGAAAAUCGAUUUUAAUUGGAUAACAUAGUAUAAGUCGUGGUUUUUCCCUUGUUUCAUUAUGGAACCCAAAAAUCAACAAAAGUCAAAAAAAAAAAAAAAAGGUACCUAAACUGUUGAAAAUUACUAUAAAUUUUUCAAACAAUGUACCGAUAUUAAUCAAAAUGUCUACAUCUUUGAAGAUAUGACGUUGAAAAAAUCGAAGCGUUCAAACUAAGUAACUGAAAAUAAAACACAUUCAAUAUUAACAUAACUUCAUCGUUACACACGAAAUUUAUAAUUAUGUAAAAUUGUAACGGGAUAUUAUAUUGUAACUCAUAUUACUCGUUUGAUUUGUUAUGAUUUAUUUUAUACCCGCAGUAUACAAAUUGUAUAAUAUCAUGCAUAAGCUUAUAUUCAUUUGCAUAUAUUCGUGUGUGUUAUACAAUUGUGUGUCGUAUACAAUUUAUUUAUCGGAUAAACGACGAAUAAAUGAAUUCGAGAACGAUUUUAUUCGACGCUCGUGUACGGAAACGGCAGCAUCAUUUAUUGAAAUUUUUUAAAACUCGUAUAAUAUUAAAUAUAGGUAAUAACGGUCGUAAUACCAUUUGCGCGGGAAAAAAAAAUUGGCACUGGUAUUCGGUCGGUAGUCGGAGCAGGGAAAACCGUUGCCAAGCCGAGUACCGGUCGUUCACAAUCGUAUAAAGCACGCAGAAGUCAUAAGUAUCGGCAAUUUUCGGCUGGUUAAUUUAUAUCAAUUGCGCUGCGCGGCUAUCGCGAUUUUCAAUGAGCGUGCAUAUUCACGUCGACAGCGAUCGGUGACUUUCCGUGCCCGUUUUUAAAACUCCCCAUGUCUCUCUCGCCCGCUCUCUCACUCUCACUCUCUCUCUCUCUCUCUCUCUCUCUCUCUCUCUCUCUCUCUCUAUCAAUCCCUAUCUCUCUGUGUCACGGUAAUGCUUUCGUGUCUCUCUGAAGAACGGUCGAGUACAAAAAAAAACCUCUGGUUUGUCGGACAAAACGUCAUUAGAAAAAUAAAUAAACGGAAAAAAAAAAAGGAAAAAACGUGCCAACGGUUAUCGUCGCGCAAACGAUUCCGGGAACUACACUGCAAAGCGCUGCAGACGGACCGGACAGACUUAAUUACGUACUGAUGGCACGUAUUACGGCUGUCGCCAUCCCCCGGACGCCCGUCCGCCGUCGUCGCAGGUGUCAGUGUCGUGUGAAUACCCUCCGCGGCCGCCGCCGACGACGACGACCUAUACCGUCUGCGCGAUUUUUUUUUUUUUUUAUGUUUUUUACAGUUAAAAACGUCUCGCGAUCUAUGGCCGUACGGUAUAAUAUGCGUCGUCACCACCGCCGCCGACUAACCUGCACUACCUCGCGACUGUAUUAUAGCAGACGGACCGGACCGCUUCGCCGAGAUACGUUCGCGCGCGCGCUCUCGCUACGCGGUCGAGAGAAAACAAUCGUCGACGAAAUGACCGCCGCGCGCGCACGAUUUUACGAUUAUCCGUUUUUAACGAGUGCAACAAAUACGCGCGCGCGCGCGCGACAGUACGGCUCUGCGCUGGACGUAUAAUAUAUACGCAAAACAACAAUAAUAACAAUAAUAAUAAUUAUUGUAUUGCAUACGCGCGCAUAACAUACGUACCUACGUAUAAUGUACGAUAUACGUAUACGCGUAUAUAUACCCACGUACAGACACAAUGAGCACGUGCAGCACCGCCGCCGUCGCGGCCGCCUCCUCGUAGCUGCACGCCGUCAUGUUCAUCCGUCCCUAUUUAACGGCCGUGCCAUUUAGAAAAUAAUAACGAUAUAAUACGCCUCAUCAUGAUGACGCGCGUUUGAUUUAAAUCGUUUUUCUUCUCGUUUUUGUUGUUUAUUUAUCUUGGUUUUUUUUUUUUUGUUUUUGUUGUUUACAGUGCGAUGCUAGAGAUGGGUGACAAGACCUGCAGCAAGACCGCCGCCGUACGGACCGCUUGGUGGAUCCUCACGUUCUCCGUGAGUAUAUAAAACCUAAUAAGGGCCUACGCACUCGAUUAGUGUUGGCAUAUCUGGAGACCGUUUUCCAGGGAGGAGCGCGUAUAUUAUAAUAUUAUUGUUAUGUAAACAAACAUUAAUUUUAAACACUUAACAAAAAUGUUCUCUAGUGGGAGGGAGGACCAAUUUUCCAGUUUCUCUCAUCAGUUACAUCACAGCCGGCUAACCUUCUUGGGUUGUCUUUAAUACGAAUAAACAGUAUAAUGUAUACAAUGUGCGUCAUCGUGUAUAUUAUUAUUGGCGUCCAGAAUAAAAAACAGAGAAAAAUAAAGACUACGAAAAAACAAAAAAAAAGGCCAAUAUUGCUUGUAAAUGUGCUGCUACUGUUUCGAGAGCGAAGUUGAAAUAAGAAUAAUCUAAUUUACGAGUAUUUCUGUAGGGGCUACGCAACGAUAAACCAUUCCUAACGAAAAACGAUAGCCAAAUAGUAUUGGUCGUAUUUUUCCCUUGUUGAAAAGGUAAUCCAGAAAUCAACUCAAAUUAUUAAAAAAAAUUCCCAAUUUUUUCCGUUUAUUAAGAAAACUACAAAACAAAUUUUACCAUCCCAAAGUACCCAAUUAGAUCAAGAAUGCUACAAGAAAAUUCCUAUAAAGUUAUUGUUGGAGCGAUGUUUCAGGUAUAACAAUUAUUUAACACAAAACAUUUAAAAAAAACACAUCAUAUAGUAAAACCAAAACAUUCCUCUCUUCGUUUAUAAUCUAAAAAUCAAAAAUAUUUACGAUUUAAAUAUAAUGACGAAAAAAAGUAACUGUAAAGAAAGGUAUGAUGGACAUUUUUAUUUUUUUUUAUUAGAAGUAGUAAAUACAUUCGGUUAAUUUAAUAAGACAUAAUAAUAUACAAUGUACACAGGUUUUUUUCAUAGCGGUUUUGAUAAUAAUAAAUAUAGGCACAUAUAUUGCUAAUAUAGGCAACAGAUAUUGUUCUAUAAGUACUAAACGAAUUAAAUAUACCCAAAUGAAAAUGUCCAUAACCAAGUCCCUACAAUGUAAGAACAAUAUGCAUAACAAAGUAUAAUCAACGAGAUACCAUAAAAACCCAACGUAGACAGUAUAGGUACAUAUUAUUGUAUUACAUGCACUUGAAUGUAAAAUAUAAUUAUACGAUUGAUAUUUUUUUCCAUAAAUGGGAAUUCUCACUAGAGCUUUUAGCGUUAGGAAUUUUAGAGUUGACCGUUAAGUGUCGUCAAUAUUAUUGAGUAUAUCAACGAAAAUUCGAGAAUUUGAUGAUGAACUCCAAAAAAUUAGAAUAAUUCAACUUAUACCUAUAGAGACAUAGUGUGUCAUGUAUUAUCGAAAAAAUGUUAACACAUGGGAUUCCUUUCCACAUUCCACUACAGUUUUCGCUCAACGCCAAACACAUUAUAAAGUCUUUCUUAAAUAGUAUAAUGUAUAUUAGUGAGAAUUGUCCUUAAUUUGGAAAAAAUAAACGAAAAUUAUUUUUCGUACACAUUAUUAUCUUUUCUUUUCCCCGUGUCCAGUAAUCCGUUCUUUUCUUCCGGUAUAGACCCCGUGAUAUUUCCCCGUUUAAGUUUCGCGCGCCAAAUGACCAAAUGUCACGUCGGGUCAAAGACAUAUAAACGCGCACGUGGUAGGUACACGGAAAUAUUUAUACGCUCGCACGUAUAUAUAUGCUGCGCAUAAAUACACUUAAUAACUUUUUGAGAAACUGGUAUGUCCGUGAAACGCGCGUCGUCGUCCUAUUAAAAUAUUAUCGUAAUAAUAUUGUUUUAAAAAAUAGCAGUGUUUGUGUGUGUGUGUGUAAAAACUGGACGGUGUUUAACAUAAAUACAUAUUAUCAUAUAGGUAUUCUCGCGCGCGCAUUUACAUAAACAUUUUUUUAUGCUACAAGUUAUUUUUCAAGUUCUAGGACAAGACGAGUUUUUUUUUAUAAUAAUUACUAUCAUUCGGUCCGGGGCGUUAUUGUUCCCUCGGGAUUUCUGCCGCUUUUCGACGAUUUAUUUUCAACGACCAAUUAUACACACGUAAAAUAGAUAUUAUAUAGGUAUUAGGUACCUACCUACUCGUUUCAUACUUUAUUAUUAUUGUUAUUGUCUCUCGCCCGUCGGAAAUCCGUAGUGUACUCUAAACAGUAUAAUAACAAUAUAAUUUAUAAGUAUUUCUUUUUUCUUCUUCAAUCGGCGUAAUCGACUGCUCGUACUUGCGAUGCAUUCAUAUAUUUCACGAGAGUAAAUUGGCAAAAAAAAAAGAGAAAAAAAGAGCUUCUGUUUUUGAUGACACCCAUCAGCAAUUAAUGCGCCACUGUUGUAGUUGGAGAGUUGAGAAAAUGGAAUUCACAAAAUCAUUGCUAACAAAAUACGAUUCUGAACGAAAUUCCGUUAAAUGUUUUUCAAAAUGCGAUUUUUAUGAUUUUUAUCAAAACACGAACUGUAAAUGCACAUAAGAAAAAAAUACUAAAAUACGCUCAACUUUUUUUUUUUUUUUGAUCGUCAAGUGCAACCUAAACCUCUAGUAUAAUUUACAAACAUCUGCUUGGCCAAAACAAUGGUAUCCACAUAAAUUCAAUUAAAAUCUAAACAAAUUCGAAAAUGACAAAUGCCCAUAAAUAGAUCAAAAUUUAAAAAAAAAAAAAUGUUGAAUAAAGUAAAUACUUUUUGAAAUAUCGAGUGGAUCACGCGUUUAUUGUACUAUAUUUGCAGAUAAUAUAUGUAAGGUAUUAAACAACAAUCAUUGUCUUGACGCGGUUCUCGUCAAUGGGUUUUUAUCUUUUCUCCUCUUCUUGUGAGGUCACAAACAUCGGGCAGGCGGUCCGAGUCACGUGCUUUACUGGUUACCUAAACUGGUGUACCGUUGGUUUUGAAUGAAACACAUACACAACUGGUUUUCGUGUGCUCCCUAUAUUGAGCAACGACCAUAAUAAUGUUCUGUUUAGAUUUAUUUUUUCCCCGCUAUACGUUUGCACAACAGACAAACAUUUUAAUAUCAACAGUGUAAUCGAGAAUAGAGAAUAUAGGGUUUAUAAUAAGAGAAUAUAUCGCAUGUGAAUCAUUUUACCAUAGUUAUACCACGACGAUUUGACAAAAUUGUCUAUUUUUUCCAUCUACAAAAACAAUAUUAUUCUGCUAGAUGGACGUUGGACACAAUAUUUUCUGACAUCAACCAAUCGCCGACCCAUAGUGAAAACCCUAAUUUUACAACAACUUAAUACUGUUUUCAAUAGUAUAUCUAUGUUAUAUAGUAAUUAUAUAUUCAUUGGUGCAAUAAAAAUAUAAAAAUUCGUAUUCUUAAUCAUUUUUAGGAAUAUAUUUUUUUAAAUUGUUUGUUUAGCGUUACGUACCCGUUAACAUGUAUCUCUAUUUUGUUUAUUUUCCAGGAAAGCAAAUUUAUAGAAUUAUUUUGGUUAAUUUUGAUGUAUUUAUGUUGUUUUACGAAUUAAAAAACAAUAAUAAAAGGACUUACCUGAAUUUUAAGUCCAACGUACGAACCUACAGAACCUAACCUAACCCCAAAGAUAUUGGAGAUACGUGUUAUUUAUAUUAAAUUCAAUAUACGUGUUAUCACAUUAUAACGAAUUUGAUUACAAAAAACGUGGUUUAUUUAUAAAAGUGAUUAUAGAAAUACAACCACACAAAAAGUUCUAGAUAUUUUGAUACCAACACAUUAUUUUUGAUAAUCUGAAGAUACCUUUUGUUUGCGUAACGUUAGUGUUCAUUAAGUUUUACUGGGCUUUUUUUUCACGGGAGUUCGGUCCUGAAUUUCACGUAAUAUAAAAAUCUAAAGUAUAUUUAAUAAUAACACGUAUAGUGCAAUAGUGCUAAACAAGUAGGUACUAUAUAGAAAUUGUUGGCUUUCUUGCAGUUAUAUAUAUAUAUUAAUAAUAAUUAUCGUUUGCCGAUCAUGAUGCUUUGCUAUUUAUCAAGCCACACGCAGAUGUAUAUUUUGCAUGAAUCAUUCAAUUGUGUAUAUCGCAUGAAUUAUUUAAUACGUUUGUGACUAAGACAUCGGCCGACUACUGGUUUUUUUUAUUUUUUUUAUGGGCCAAUAAUGAUAUACUUUAAUCACGUAGGUACCUGUAUAAUAAUAGCCGAAGAAACGUAUUCAAUUAAGUAUAGUCUACCAUAGUACCAAGCAAAGUACUUAUAUAUACCUACCUAGGUGUAUAAUAUAAAUGCGCGAUAACUGCACUUUAGUUUAUAAGAUGUGUUUAAAGACGAAAACCUUUCGAUAUAUAUAUUUUUUUAAUUUUCAACCAUUGAAAUAAUAUAUAUAUAUAUAUAUAUAUAUACACGUGUAAAUUAAAUCCGUAUUAUAUAUCAUUAUCUGUAUAAUAUAUAUUGUCCAUGUGUGUAUUAAUAAUGUAUUAUACACAGUAAUAAGUAUACCUAAUAGCAUUUUAUUAACUUAUUAUUCGACACACCACUGUGUUGUGGAAAAAAAACAGUAAUUAUGCACCUAAUUUUUCGUGUAUAGACACUUUGAAACGCCAUUAUGUACCAACUAACCGGAACGAGUAUAUCAACCCUACUUAAAAUCAAACGAGAUACUAUUAUUGUAUAUUAUAUGCAUUUUUUUUUUUUUUUUACUAAAAUUAUCAUAAAAAAACUGAAUAUAUGGCUUUUAAACGUUUGUAUCAUGUCCUUGUUCUAUUUCCAAGAAAGAAAAAAAUACAAAUCACUGUGUAUUGUAAUAUAUAUUUUAUAAGCAGGCAAUUAAAUUUUUAAUGAAAUGAACAUUAAAAUCGAAUAAUAUGAAGUAAAGAUAUACUAGGUAUCUAAAAACCGUUCGUAUACUUGCUUAAAGCCAUCAACGACCGUCAUUAUUUUAUUUAGACCGUGAGUGUUAUCAUCUUUUUAUCUGUGAAUAACUGUGAUAACUAUUGUAUUUGUCUAUUUACCAUUUUCAUCACGGUAUCCAAGACCGUUAUUGUUAAUAACAUUGCAUAGAUACAAUAAUUGUCAUAAUAGUAUUAUAAAAGUGCAGGUUGAUAAUACCCACAGACUUAAAAUUAAAUAGCAGAUUGAAAAUUGUACAUAAUUAUCACCGAUUAGCAAUCUAUAUAUGAUGUGAUAAAUAUCAUUUUUCUGGUCAAAUUAAUUCUUAUUUUACUCAAGGUUCAUUGAGUAUAUUCUAAAAUUUUCAGAGCAAAUUUCACGAAUACCGACACAUUAUCUUGUUUCCAUUUUUUAAGUUAUAAAUAUUGAAAAUCGUUUUAUUGUAGACUUUUACUAUAUAAUUUAAUGAGGAUUUAAAAAAAUCACAUUAGAUAUAGUACCUACGACAUUAAAUGCUAUAAAAAAUUUUAACAAGAAAAAUUGUAAAAAAGUAUUAUUUAGCAGCAUUACCUAUAAAUAUUUAUUACGUUAACUAAAGAUAAUCAUAUAUACUUAGUUGUAAUAGCUUACGAACUAAAAACAAAUUAUAAUCUACGUAUUUGUUCUUUUACUUCAUUGCUUAUGCUUACAUUUUCGAAUUUCCCAAUUUUGUCAGCCCGAAUAAAAGAUUACAAUAUAAUAAACUUAAUCAAUUGAAAAUGAAUCUGAGUUUAAUGUUCAUUAGUAAGUAAUGAAACUAAUCACUAAUAACUAACAGAUACCUAUAGUAAUCUGAUCCUAAAAGUAUAUGUAUAUUUUAUAUUACCUAUUGACCAAUUAAACAAUUAUCAAUACCAUAUACUGGCUAUACUGCACAAUAAAUUUCAUUAGCUAAAUAUUUAAAUAAAUAUUAGCAUAUUAUUAUUUGAAAAAAUAUAAUUUUACCUAAUUCGAAUUAUUUAAUGUCUGACAAUAAAUAUAUAGAAGUAGAGGUUAAUGAACGAUCAAUUACAACCGAGUUAGUAUAACUUUUUAUACGAAUCAUUAUAGUAUAAUAAAGAUGUAAAAUUGUUUCGACAUGUUUAUAUAUUUACUGAGUAGGUAGUGGAUACUAAUGGAAAUAUGAUGAUGAUAUAUUUUUAUUAUCACAUACAAGUAAAUGUGGAUAUUUGUGUGCAUUUUUACUAUCUAGAUAUAUUAUACUAAACUUGAACUGAACAAAACUUUUUGAUCAUCAAUAUCAGCAAUGGGUACUCUCGAUAAAUGUUAAGUAUAAGGCCCUAUAAUAAUAUUUUAAUGUGUUCGAUAUUCUGUUUUAAAUUUAAGAUUUGAACAGCUGUUAAAAUUAUUAGGUACUGAUGUGUGACCGAUAAACCGUACCACAAAAAAGUCGAGAAAUUUCUAUCCUUGGAAUGUGUUGGGCAGAGUAGAAUAAAUUAUACACGAUUUAUUAUUAUUGAAAUUAUUACAUUUUGAUCAAUAGCUGGUCUAUUUUACACAUUCCGAUCACCAACAUGAAAUAAAAUUUCCUAUAAUAUUACAAUAGUAUAAUAUUCUUAAGUCUUCAACAUUCAAAUCACAUAUUUUCAUUCAAUCAUACGAUUCGUUUUCCCUCAACAAAACAAUCCUGUUCUACUUUAUAUAUAAUCAAAUCGUUUUAUUAUUUUCUUUUAUAUCUACGUACGUGAUACGUAUAAUAUAAUAAAUAGGUAUUAAGCUGUCCUACUAAUACUGUAAACGCGAAUUAUAAAAUAUAUAUAUAUAUAUAUAAUAUUUAUUUAAAGAUCCUACUAAUUGUUACGAAAUCGUAUUAAUCUUUUCUUUUUUUUUUAAUAAUUAUCUUUUCUUCGGACUUCGUGGGAGCUAAAAUAAAUUUGCCUAAAUUAAAAUAAUAAAAGUAAUAACUAACGUUUUUAAUAAUAUGUCUGUAUAACAGGGAAUUUAGUGUAUAUCUGUAAGCGAAAAACCAUUGCUCAAGAUUCUAAGCGGAAUUCAGUUGAUAGUGAUGCUUUGUCAACAAUGUAGAAAUCAUAUCAUGACAAAAUUAUUGAAUAGGCAUAAUAUAUUUUCUUUAAAAAAUAUUUGUUUAGUAUUGUACUGAUCUUCGAGUUUUUCCCGGUUUUCAUACUUGCUGGGAAAAUCGAAAAAUAACUCCCUAAAGUACAUUCCCAGUUAGAUUUUCUUUCAGAAAAAGUGCUAUCAUUGUAAAUCGAAGCAAAAUUGCUUAUAGAACAGUUGUUCACAGAAAAAAAAAAAGGCCAAACUAUUUUUCAACUAAUGUAGGUAACAUAAAUUCGUACAUUUUCCCGUUUUUCCUCAGGUUUUUUUUUAGGUUUUUCAUAUUUGAUAAGAAAACACCUGAGAAAAUCAAAAAAUUACCUCCCUAUAUUGUACUACACCAAGAAAAUUUCUUUUUAGAAAAGAGUCGACGUCGUAUAUAACGAAGUAAGCUUUCUGGUAGAAAAGGUGUUCACACAUAUAAAAAAAAAAAAAAAAUAAUAAUUAUCAACAUCUUUAUAAUACCAAUACAUUCUUCACUACACUCAUAAUGUAAAAUUAAAGUGUAUAUUAAAUUAUUUUCUAAAUCAAAUAUCUACAAUCAACUUUUGUAAUAAUAUAUAUUAGUACAGAUUAGGGGUGGCAAAUUAUUUGAACAUGACCAAAAAUGACCUUUUUUUUUUCAAGUGUGCCAUGAAAAAUAUUAUAUUCAAUAAUGUAAGAAAAAAAUUAUCGUAAUUUAAUUAUAUAAUUAAUGUAUUAAUAUAAAAAAAAGGUUAGUUUAAGUACCUACAUAAUAUAAAAUUAAAAUAUUUGAGUUUUUCGUGUGCCCUCAAAAUCUUAUUGCGUGCCACUUCGAACACGCGUGCCAUGGAUUUGCCAUCCCUGGUAUAAAUUAUUCCAUCAUUCUUCAUUAAAAUAGGUACCUAUAAUACGUAAACGAGUAAGUAGAUAUAGAUGGACUGUACGUCCAUCAGUGUUGAGAAUAUUGUCUUAGAAAUAUUUAUCUUUUCUAGAUAAAUAAUAUACGAUUGUAUAUAUCCGAGAAUUAGGGAUAACAUUUCAUUACAAAAGACAUUUUCUAACAGUAUUUUAUCCCAAAGGGGUAACGAAGACACUUGUCCCCCGAAAUCAAUUUUUAUUAGUUAUUUAUGUUAUUUCAAUGUAUUUUGUUAGGCAUUACGGAAAAUAGUAGGUAAUAGUAAUAAUAUAGAAUUAUUAGUGCCUCCUAGGCUCCCACAUCCCUAAUAUUUUUUCUGACUACACUACUGUUUUAUAAUAAUAAUAAUUCUAAUACCGAAUAUAAACUUUUAAGAAUAAAUAUUACAAUAUACAGUCAUAUUAUUAUACUAUUAUUAUUUCCGUUAUUUGAACUCAAAUACACAACACCGAUCCUGUCAGUGGCGUAGAACCCUAUCCUUAAGUAUGCCGGCCGUCAUAGAUAAUAAAGUGGGUGGGUGGUAAAUGGUGUAGUAAAAAAUGUAGUUCAUAAUAUACUCAAAUAAUUAAGUGUAAAAAGACAAAUAUUGCGAACUACCUAACAUUAUAUUAUCUCGAACGUUGCAAUAAAAUAUGAUUCAAAAGAGCGAAUUUUCAUAAAUUUAUUUACCUGCAGUAUAAAACUGCUGGUGAGGAAGGUAGAUAUAGCAAAUUGUACACUCGCCAUAGAUAAUUUUUUUAGUUCGGCCUUCGGCCCCACUUGAUCUUAUUACCUAGGCAUUUAAUUGAAAACAUUUUCUUAUUUUUUUUUUUUAAUGUACAUUAUUAGUGCAUUACUAUAAUAAAACAUGCACUAAAAACCAUACACCAAGCUAUAUUUAAUCAUCAAUUAAUUAGUAGUUUGUUGUUGAAUGUUAAUAUAUUUAUGUAGGUACUCAACUUAUUAUUCGUCAAUUAUGAAAAUAAAUUACGCAGGACAACCAUAGGUAUACUAUAUGUAUAUUGUAUAUAGUUAUAAUUUAUUAUUAAUAUAAUAUUUACUGCAGUGCAUACGAUUUUUUAAUAGGGAUAGAGGAAGAUUUAAAUCCAAAAAAAAAAGUCCAAGAGCCGGUUAAUAUCUCACAUAGCAUUUUACAAUGUGUAAACGUUAACAUUGAAUUUAAUUUUAAAUCCUACAAAAUCAAUGUUUGAUACAUUUCAUUUAAGUGUUUAUUUUUAAAUAUUUUUAAUAUAUUUUAAAUUUUAAAUAAAAGUUUAAAUUCAAUUACAAAGUAAAUAUUGAAUAUUAAUUUUUUACUGUAUUAUAUAGAAUAUAAUAUAAUACAAGGAUGUUCUACUGUGUUUUAUGGAUUUUAAUACCUCUAGCUGUUAAUAUUCAACUGUUUUUAAUUAAAUUUUACGUUAGAAGAUCACAUAUUAUAUUUACUAUGUAUGUAAGACAAAUUAAAUUUAUAGCUUCACAUCUUUUAAUCACAAAAAAAAAAACUUUAUGUAUUUAUUUUUCAAUAGUUAUUUUAUAUAUUAAGAUUAAAAAGGCCAAUGUGUACUAUACAUUCAUGUUUGAUAAAUGCCUUCUGAGUAAUAGCCGUUUAAUCUAUAAUAUGUUCAAAUUCCAACACAAUAAAUCAUUUGUAAUGGGUAUAGAAUAAAAUGAAGACUCACAUAUUGUAAAAAUAGUUAUCAGUUAACAGUUUCAUUGAGAUUGUGAUUCCCUAUCGUGUCUAUCAAAUAUAGUUUUUCCACACCCCUUCUCUAAAAAUUAAAACGGAAAUUACUAAGAAUCUAUACAUCAAAUAUGUACGUAUGUUUGAAAAAAAUUGUUUGACUAAUAUCCAUUAAGAAUCACCAAACCUAACCUUGCCAAAAAUUAAGGGGUGGUAAUACAAAUUUAAUUUUUCCUUAUAGACGAGUAUAUGUAUACCCCUCGGAAAGAAAAUCCGAUUGACGAAAACAUUAAAAUAAAUCGAACAUUUACAAAGAUAUACAAAUCCAUAGAACAUGGUAGAAUAUAUAUAUAUACCUUAUAUAUAUUACGGAUGUUUGUAGAUUCAAUAUUGAAAAUAUUAAAAAUUAAAUAAAUCAUCUUACUACGUAGUUUAAUAAACAUAAAAAAAACUUGCAAUAGACACUUCAAAUAUUAGUUACCAAUUAAAAGUUUUUAAAUCUACUCCUAUUAUCCAUUAAACCAUUUUUAAGUGUCUACUAUUAAAGAAUUAGGUAAUGUGUUGCAAGUAGGUACACCUAUCAUAGAUACACCUCUUGACCACCUAAAUUAAGACAUUAUCUUAUCGCUUCUAUUAGAGAAAUAUGUACUGGUUGUACCCCAUAAGCGUGGAUAAACAUCUAUUUGCACAUUAUUGUUAAUUCGUCAACUAAUGACAAACUACGCAACGUCGUCGUGAUAGUAUUUAUGCAAAAAUAUCAAAUAAAAUUAAUAAUGAUACAAAUUAGAUAAUAUAGCAUUAUAGCGUAUUAUCCGUGUAUAUUACCAGUACCCUAAUACACGUACCAUAAACAUUUGUUUGUAAAUUAAAUAAGUAUUUCGUACGUCAUCGAAUCAUAGGAAUUAAAUAUGUAGGUAAUAUUGUUACGUAUAAAUGUCAUUUAAUAUAAAUUCUGGACAUGGUACAUUUUGCCGGGACAAUCUCGCACAAUGUCCGGUCAUUGUAAAAAAAAUUAUUCUUAUACUACCCGAAAUGUUUCCUAUUUUCAGUAGGAGUUCCUACUUUGCUCGUAACAUGCGUAUAUAUUGUAUAUUGCAUUAGUUAAAAUAUAAUUAUUUAGUAUUUAAAACUGUAUACAAUAAUUUUAUUCUCGCAAUUAUUUUCUUUUAAUCGUCACCCACGAUUAAUUUAAACGUGCUGAUUUCGAUAAUUAUAAUUAAACAGAGCAUAACGUGAUGUGCAUUCAAAUUUUUUAUUUCGUAAUUAUUACGGCGGUGUACCGAGUAAUUUUCUCUAUAUAUAUAUUUUUUUUUUUUUUUUAAUGUUAUAGAAAAUGAUAAAUCCUCAAUAAAACAGUAUUAACUAAUUUUUUUUUUGACAAUUUAUAGAACAAGCAGCUUUAAAAUUUUACAUUACUAUUUUUUUUUUCGUUAUACAUAGGAGUGAAACCACUACCCGUCUUUAAUAAUCAAAAUUCCAUAAAUAUAUGACAUAUUUUUGGUUCAAAUACAUUUUAGUGUAGAAUAAAUACAAGCAUUAUUUCCAAUGAUUGUAUGCGAAAAUUUGUUUUCGUGUUUUCGCAAUCUAUUUUAGAUUCUAAGCGUAGAACAAAGAAUGUAUGGUUUUAGUAUUAUAUAGUAUAUAUUUUUUCCUAUAAACAAAAUUUCUACCGAAAAUCUUGCUCCGAUUUUCAAAUGUAUCUCAUUAAUCAAAUUUUGUCUCGAUGAUGCAUUAAGGAGAUUAUUAUUUGAUAUUUCUUGUUAGACUAUAGUAAGACCACAAUAUUCCUUUGGAAUUUUUAGAACGAAAACUGCGUACAUUCGUGUGUAUGCACGCUCGUGUAUUUAAUCAUAAUAUAAUAAUAAUAAUAUGUCUUUAUUUUGCAAUAGAAUACAGGUAAUACGUCAUAAAUAUAAGAUAAAGUUAAGGUGCGAAGCCCAACCAAAAAGUAGAGCUUGUAAACGGUUAGGCUGAGUUCAGUAUCUAGCUAUGAAAAAGUAAAAUAGCAUAACAAUAAUCAGAAACAAACAAAAAAAAUAAAAUAAAAAAUAAUAUUUAAUGUACUUACAUAACAAUAUUAAUAGAAGUAAACACAAUUACAAAGUAACUGAAAAGAUUAACACUUAAAUAAUAAUGAAAUGUAUUAUACUUUAAGUAUAAAAUCAAUAUGUGUUUUGAAAUGUCAUAUAACUACUGAAGUUAUCCAUUAUAAUAUUGUAUUUACGUAAUAAAGCAAUGCCGUUAAAAAUUGGUCUUUUUGAAUCAAAAACAGUAGUACAAAAAGGAAUUACACUCAAGUUACAUUUAAGUUUUAACCUACUGCUAUAAUAAUUAUGUAUUAUAUAAUCUUCGCAUUAAGAUUGACUUUGUACAUAAAUUGGCUUAAAUAAAUUACAACGCACAAAUAAAUCAUGAAAAUUAAAAAUUAUGCAUAAAAUAUUAUUUAUACAUAGAUAAAUUGUAUUUAAUAUUAUAACACGGGUUUCGUUCUACAGUUGGUGCAGAACACUUUGAGCGUCGGCGGUGGUGGCGGCGGCGACCGCAGUGGCGGCGUAGGAGGCGGCGGUUCUGGCGAAAUAUGGCCGCUGAAUCGGCCGGACGGCAUGCCAGUGAUCCAGUCACUCGAGGUCAUGUGUGGCAAGGAUCAUAUGGACGUGCACUUGCAGUUCACGCAACCGUUUGAGGGCAUCGUGUCGUCCAAAGGACAGUACGCAGACCCGCGGUGCGUAUACGUGCCACCGUCAACCGGGAAAACGUUUUUCACAUUCCGCAUAGCGUACGCGCGGUGUGGUACCAAGCCCGACCUGAACGGUCAGUUUUACGAGAACACGGUGGUCGUCCAGUACGACAAGGACCUGCUGGAAGUGUGGGACGAGGCGAAGCGGUUGCGUUGCGAGUGGUACAACGACUACGAGAAGACUGCGUCCAAACCGCCCAUGGUCAUAGCUGACCUGGACGUCAUACAGUUAGACUUUAGGGGUGAGUAGUUGCUACGGUUGCUAGUCCUUACCUAUAGCCGCCUACCAGCGAAAUCAUCUAUCCGACAGAAAAUGAUAAUUCUGACUUUCACAUUUUGGAUUUCUAGUUAUCAAGGCUUGGGACUUUAUGCAUUUAAAAUUCACAUAAAAGAGUUCAAAACGCCAAAAUAGCCAUAAAAGAAAUAUCUAAAAAGCAAAAAUGACAGAGGGCUUAGAGAGGUUUAAAAUUUCAACCUCCACUCACCAUAACGGAUCUAGCCAUAAAAUAUAAUUUUAUAACACUACAAAAACGAUUAACACAAAAUAAUUUUUUUUAUAAUACUCAGGAUUUUAUUUAAAAACUUGUGUUAAUAAUUUUUGCAGUGUUCAAAAAUUUUAUUUUAUAAGUUAUAGAGCCAUCAUUAGAGGAAGGACUUUUAAAAACAUACUACCAUUUUUUUGUUUUUUUAAAUCCGUCUUCGAGGCUUUUUUAACAUUCUUGAACGCUUUUUUGUGGAUUUUAAGCGCAUAACAUCCCGAUCCCUGCUAAUUAUACUAAUUACUAUCCUACUGUUAUAAAUAUAAUAACUGUCUAAUAUUAUUAAUUGUAUAGUACCUCAAAAUAAUUAUUUUCAGAGACGGUUUUAGAGGAAUCUAUAAACAACACACAAUUUAAGUUUUUUUUAAUAUUUUAUAAAUAGAAUCUCUACAGAAUUUAUGAAUAAUAAUCCAAAUUUUAAUCUAACUGUCUAAGUGCAUCGAUUUAUAUAGUUAAUGAGGAUAACAUCCGUUUAAUUACGCCAUAGGGUGAAUAAUAAUCGAAUAUAAAUAAAUUGCUAUUGACUUUCUCGCAUCUAGUGCAGAUUCAUUCAUAUUAUUCCUUCCUUUAGAAUCGUAUAUUCGAUGCGCUGUUUUAUAGCCUCUUCAAAAUAAUCGUGUUUCGUCUUGUGUUUGAAAAGUGAUGGAAUUUAUUAGAGACAAUUACCAUUACUUUGCCUAUACUUUAUCUUCCAUAUUAAUUAAAAACGCAUUGUUUUUAUCGCAUUCGUAUUCUUUGCACGUUAGUUUAUUUUAUAUAAUAUACUUUUAUCACUUUCGGGUGCCACGCAAAAUAACGAGUUUACUGUCCAUUUUUCUCCGCUGUAAAUAUCAUAAAACUCUUUUAAAACAUGCAGACGUCUUUCUCUAGUGAAUGUAUUCUCUAUUUGUAUAUAUUUUAGCAAUUUUUCAGUUUUAUCCACUUUAUCAUUUCUGAACAUAUACUUGAAUAAUAGUGUUCAAAAUAUUUGUACUAUAGCGUAAUUUUACCAGUUAAAUGUAUGGUCCAGUACUUAGUACAGUUAUAAAUCAGUGAUCAAAUUUAAAAAUGAACCUUCUGUGUACAGUGCUCAAAUUGGAAAAAAAAAAGAAGAGGAACUAUACAAUUUAGUAAAAAUUAGUGUUCCUUACAAUUAUUGGACUCAAACUGACCCAUGAAGGGAUAUACCUCACUCAUAUUAAUUUUUAAACAUAAAGCAGUAAUUAACAAUUUCCUAAGACAAACACUAAUAACACUACUGUACACUUUUUAUUUUAAAUUAUACGAUAAUGAUUACAACUAUGAUUCUACUAAUAAAAUAUGUACUCGUAUAUUUAUUAUUAUUACUUAUAUUUUAUUUCUGUAUGUGAACAAACUUUCUAUCAGAAAUCAUACUCCGACCAUUAACAUGAGACGUGAUUGUUUCUAAUAAACGUAUUUGUCUCUUUGAUGCAAUGAGAUGGUUAUUUUUCAAUUUUCUUUGUAAUAUUCUUAAUUAUGGAGAAAACCAUAGAAAAACGUCGGGAAAAUUUUUAACUGGUACAUUUACACAGUAACGGUUUCUAUUGUAUUCUAUUUUAUUUAUUAAGUGAAAAAAAAAUUGUAGAGGCCGAACAUUCCACUGAAUUUUUAUAUAGGUACAUUCUCUUAUAUUCAGCUUUUUCUAGACAUGGCACAAUUUUUAAAACAUCCUAUCAUUUGUUCAGUUAUUUAUAGCAUUUUGAAAUUUUCAAGUUUUUAGGAUUUUAUUUGGUUUUAUAUAACUAAAAUUGUUUUAGGAAGUUGCAAUUAAUGAGGAAAAAAAUACAACGUAAUGUAGAAGGGCCCGGGAACGUAGCCUCUUAUUUUCGGCUCAAGUUUUACAUAAAACAAUUGAAAACUAAAGACAAUACAAAUAUGUUAUUUAUUUUGAAUUCCAGGCGACAACGUUGACUGUUGGAUGGAAAUACAACACGGAAAAGGCCCAUGGGCUCCACCAGUUAGUGGUAUAGUGCCUUUGGGUUCUACGUUAACGUUAGUGGUGGCCAUCAACGACUAUAGAGGUAAAAAAUUAAAACACUAUAUAAUACAUAAGAGUACAUUUUUAUAACGGCACCAAUAUUAUACCAAGCAUAACAAAGUAAAAGUUAUCUGUACAUAUAAUACGUGUAUAAUAAUAUUGAUCAUACUGGUUGUAUAUUUACAACCAUAGCCCCGUGUAUUUUUUCGUUAAAAAAAUUUUUGAAAAAGUAUAAAUUACUUGUGUAAAACUUCAAAGUUUAUAAUCGCUACGUAGUAAAUAUAAAUCAUACAAAAAAACUGUCAAAUGUACGUUAUUUUUUUAUGUUAUAUCGAUGUUAUCGUUGCGAUCAUAUUUUAUCUUCCCUUAUAUCACCGAAUCCUAAUUAUUAUUCCCGUAUAUUAUAAUAAUAACGGUAAUUUGUCUACGAUGCGCGUUGCUUGCAGUUGUGUGUGAAAACCUUCAUUCAUUAUUAUAAUUAUUGUUAUUGAUAAAUAUCUAACUAUAUAUAAAGUCCACUUAUUGCUUAAUAGAUAAUUUAAUUAAUUAAUAAUUAUUUUUAUGCACGUACAGGUGAGUUCGACAUGCGAGUGAAAUCUUGCGCCGCGUCCGACGGGGGCGGUCACGUUAUUCAGCUAACAGACGACCAAGGUUGCGUUUUGCGACCGAAAAUGAUCAGCGGUUUCUUGAAGGCCCGGACAUCCGACGAACGAGCAUCCGUCAUCACGUAUGCGUUCUUCCAUGCAUUCAAGUUUCCGGACGCACUAAGUGUGCACAUCCGAUGCAAGGUGGAGAUAUGCCGUCACGGAUGUCUGGACCACUGUCAGACGGACGAACGGUCAGCCGCAAACUUGUUACAACAACAACAGCAACUACCUGUCCAGUACGGGCCGGUGGACAGAAAGGACCAGCAAAACGAUCAGUUGGAUUAUGUGCAGUCCGUCGUUGUCAACACGGACCAGCCAAGUGCACAAGCACAGACUGCACUACACACACCGUUCACCACUGCCGGCCACUACAAUAAACCGCAACCACCUCAAAAGGUACAUACAAAUUUUAAAUAAUAGUAAUACAAGUAAUUUAUAUUAUUACGUUUCACGUAAAUCAUUACCUUCUCGCAAUGUCUAAGAUUGAAUCAAAUUAAAACAAAAAAAUGUUAGAAUUCACCACUGAAACAAUAUCCCCCGUUUAAUGAUUUAUAAAACACAAUUUUUCAAUUGUCAUCGCUUCUCAAUUUAUAACUCUAUAGGUAUUCUGAAAAAAAUUCAAAAAUCGCAUACAAUAUGUCCGUUAACUAGAUCGUUUUAUUUGUGUGUGUGUGUGUGUGAGUGUGAGUGUGUGUUAACAUACUCGUAAAAACAGAAUUUAAUUUAAAUAUCGAAAUUAACGUCUUUUAAAUAACACUAUUUUUGAGAAUUUCCAUGCAAAAAUCUUAUAUAAUAUAUUAAUUAAAUCAAAAAUUAAAAUUAAAUCGUUUCCGUUUGAAAAAAUGAGUACAAAUUUCAAAAAAAAAGAGCUGAUACUGAAGAUGAGUGCGGCCACUGUCGUAGCUAGGUAGUUGGAAUAAUGGGAUACAUAAAGUUAUUUAAUUUAUACCUGUAAUCAACGAAAAACGAAUCGGAGCGAAGUUCGAUUAUACAUGUUUUGAAAGUAAUAUUCACGAUUUUCAUCAAAAUUUUAUUUUAAUCUCUUAUGUAAAAAAAAAAAAAAAAAAAUACCGCAUUACUUAUAAUAAACUUUUUGUCAAAUGUUCAGGCAUUUCUGUUAACUAACAAUUAGAUGCACAGAGUACCUACCAAAUAAAAACUACACAAAAACUCGCAAAAUUUAUAAAUAGCUUUAAAAUUACUUAAAUGUUUUGAAAAUUUGAUCACUUCUAGAAAAAGCAAAUAUAAGUUUUUUGUCAAAAUUUAAAGGGUUUUUUUUAACUGAAUUACAUUAAAAAACAAAAUUUUAAAUAAUAAAAAAAUUAUUUUCUUAAAUUUUCUACAUUUUUUCUUUUUUUUGAUUUUACUCAAUUAUAAAUCUAAGAAAACCUAUUGAUUUAAUGAUACCUAAAUACAUUCAAUAUAGUCAAAAACCCAUCGUAAAAUGUUUGGUGAGAUGUUAUUACUAUUUUUGAUAUUAAAUAUAACAGGUCAGCGAUCCAGAUAUUGGGAUAUCAAAAAUCCCACAGGCAUCGAUUUAUUGAUUUCAAUAUUCAUUUAAUUAUCGUUAAAUAUUAAUGAAAAAAAAACUUAUAAUAUAUUAUUUUAUUACAAGUCGAAAACCGAAUGGCAUACUAAUUAUUAGUGUUGUUAAAUUUUCAGUUUUGUAUACAUUUCCAUUUCGGGACACAUUGACGAGACGAUAAAUAGCUUUUUAACCGAAUUUUUAAGGUUGUAGAGAUUGGUACAUAAAUACAUACUAUAAUUACAUAAUAAAUAUAGGUUUGAAAAAAAUUACAAUUUCCAAAUCGGGGGAGGGGCUGACGAGACGCGUGUUAUGUAACUACUGUAUUACCUAUCGUUAUUUGAAUGCUUAUCAGCCAACUGGAGGAAAAUUUAAACUUGCCAUCAUUCAUAUAUAAUUAUCUUCAAUCAGUGGUACAACUCCUACACUACUUGUGGUGAGAAUUUUUUUUUUUUUUUUUUUUAUUCCGUUUCUAUCUAAUUACACUAAUUAUUCAGUUAGAAACUUGUUGAGAGACGAUUUUGCUAUCAAGAUGUUAUCUUCUGUCUUUCACAGUGCCUCGUAAAUAAAAAAUGACAAAAUGUUAAAAUGUGUGUCCAACUUUGCGACUGCUAUCUACAAAGAAAAUCUUAUUUUAUAAUAUGUAUUACCAACCAUAUAUUAAGUAUAAUUAGAAAAUGAAAAAAAUAACUAUAUUAUCCUAUACGAUAGAAACCGUGAUUAUAACGUUUUGUAUAACACUACUAACCAUUUAUAACUCAUAUAGUUAUACUUAACAGUGUACAAUAAACAAGUUUUGAUAUUUUACAUAUUUAUGUAAUUUAAUUAUUAUUUUUCUUCAUUUCUUAACAGAUAAUCCGUAAAUAUUCUUAGAAAUUGUAAUAAUAAUAUUUAAUAUUAAUUUUUUUAUAAACCCAUAAAUCUGGUAAUAUGGACUAUGAUAUUUUUAUCGGGAAUCUUAAAACAAAUCACAAUGCGUUGGUAAAUUUUAUUUUCAUGGUCUCCACUCAAUUAACUGAAUAAAAAUAAAAAGAAGAGGCAUUUUUUUAUUAUUGUAAAGUUAAAUAAUUUGCAAAAUAUGAAUUUUCCAGUUUGUUUUUGUUGGUACAUAUUAUUAUUAUAGCACUAUACGUAUGACCGACAUCUUAGAUAUUUUUUUUUGAAAAUAGGACAAAUAAUUGUGUUUUAAACGAUAGUGAAAAUAACAUAUUUAAAACAAGUUGUUUUAAAUGUUUCGAUUGCAACCCUGCAAGAAUCAUGGCCGUAUUUAGCAAGCACGGAAACAAUACGAUUAAAAAUCCGAGUAUACAUGUUUAAAAACAAAAGAGAAACGUAAUUCUUAGCUAGAGUUAAGUACACAUUAUGACUCACGAAUUUUAUUUGUUUGUUCAUGUUUUUUAUUAUUAUUAUUAUUAUUAUUAUUCGAUUUAAAGUUUUCCCGCGACAAAAUACGUUCCCGAUCAAGCAUUAAUUGUAAAAACAAUUUAUUGUGUUAACAAUAAAACCAAUUGCCUUGUUACAGGAGACUCUGAACCGGGACGGGUUCCCGCACGGACCGCGUAACUUGGACGAGCCUGUGCAGCAAACGCCUGCAGCGGCGUCGUCAGCAGUGGCGGACGACAACGACGGAAAGUCGCCGUUGGUCGUAAAUGGUACUGCGGGCGGUGAGACUACAAGUUUCGUACAGAGGCGCCGGCGCCGGCGAUCGGUCAACGUGUCGGACGCGGGCAACGCGGACGUGGGCGUUAGCGGGCUGUACGAUGUCAUCUCGCAGUCGGACCUAGCGUUCACGCCAGAUACCAAAACGGACAGUGAUUCAGUGACCAUAUUCCAGGGGCGAAUACGCGAGGACGUGGUGUACGGCAUUUGCAUGCCGGUCCACGGAUUCGGCGCACUGUUCGUCAUGUUCGCCGGUUCGGCGAUCGUGUCCGUCAUUGUGGCCGGGUUUCAAUUGCACAAGUACCAGGUGAGGAGGGAGACGCAAAAAAUCAUGGCAGUCCAAGCACACCAACACAUGCAACAGCACAGUGUGGCCGGUGGUUACAUUCAAAACUCGCUGGCCGGCAUCAUGGCCCUCAAUAAGCUACUCGCGUCCAAAACGGCAGGGCCCCAGACAAGGCGGAACAGCUAAUCGACGACAACCGCCCGCGCGCUCGUCUAAUAUAUUUAUACGAUUUAUAUGAUAAAUACCUAAUCGGAUGAUGAUGAUUAUUAUUAUUAUCAUCGUUGGUGCGUAUACAAACGUUACAUUAUCUUAUUAUUAUCGUUGUUUAAUACAAAACGCUCAAAUUUAUCGUUAUAGUUUAUAUAUUUACGGUCUAUUCAUUCAAUUUUCGCGGUCGCCGUCAAACGAGUGUAAAGAACACCUCACACCCCAAAAUAGUAUUUAUUGAUUUUCAACCGGCGGACUUUUCGAUAAAAAAAAAUAUUAACAACACACGCAUUUUGUUCAAAUAAGAUUUAUUUGUACACGCGUAUGUAGAUCCUACAUAUUAAGAAUCUAAGAGAGUAACUAAUCGCACAAUUUACACUGAUUGGCUGACCUGUUAUCUUAUAACCACGGACCGCCCUUUUGUAUACUACGUUGAACUAUCGUAUAAAUGUAUAUAUAUAUAUAUAUAUAUAUAUAAUAAUACGAUACCUAUAUUUUUAUAUCUUCUAUCAAUAACGUUUUAAAUGUGUUUCCGACAAAAAAAAAAAAAAAAGCCAUUUUACAUAAAAACAAUACGUCAUUUCGUCUUGAUAAUAAUAUUAUAUUCUGUUAUAGUAUAAUGUACAACGUUGCAGCCGUUUCAUCCGGAUACACAAUAUUAUUACGGUCUAUUCAAUAGCGUAAUAAACUUAGUUGACCACCCUCUUAUUACUUACAUAAUAAUAUAUAGACUGUCUAUAAAUUACUAUAGAGAUAACCGUACCGUAUAGGUUUCGAGCAACUCACACGGCAUAUGUAAUAACUUGACCUAUUAUUAUUUUUUAUUAUUUUAUGAUAUUGUAAGUAUAACAUGUGAACAUAUUGACGAUCAAUAUAUUAUAUUCUAUCGCGCAUUCGGAUUAAGAAAAUAACGCGUUUUAAUAAUGGUGCUCAAAUCGACAGUGUAUAAUUUGUUUUAUUUAUAUUGUCUUUACGCUUUAAUUUAAAAUAAGUACUACAUGAUAUUAUUACACUUAUUUUUAUUUAUCUUUGUUAUACGUUUUUUUUUUUUUUUUUUUUUUUUUUUUUUUAUAUAUAUAUAUUUUUAUUAGUAUUAUAUUAUACGAGUACAUAAGUACAAUAGUUAAAUUAUUUAAAUUACCUUUAUUUUAUAAACUUGUAAAAUAAUAAAAAAUAAAUAGACAAUUCAUUAUUUUAAUUUUUAAAUAGAUAAUAAUAUUACGUUAAGUUUAACUACGUCUAUGUAAAUAUAUAAAUACUGAAUGAUAACAAUCAAAACUAGAUAAUUUUGUUAUUAUUUAAUAUAUUAUAUAUUAUUAUUACGAUAUAGGUAUAUGUAUAAUUUAAUUUACUAUAAUGUAGUCAUGAAAUAGGCCAGUUCUUCGUAAUAACGGUUGAAGUUUAUUAUUAUUUAGAAAUAUAGCAAACUUUACUAUCUAGUUAAACCAAAAUUGUUCGUGAACGUAAAAAUUGAAUUCUUAAAAUAAGUUCAAAUAUUGUUUUAUGACACGGCGUUUCGCAUAGGCAAAUCAUGUACAUUCGUGUAACGGACUUUUGUCUUCAAAUGACAUUGUACCGUUUUCAACGGAUCACAACGACAACUGUGUUGACAUUUUUACUUAAAAAUUAAGUUUUGUAUAUAUUUCAUAAAUUUUUAUUGUUUGUUUAUUAUUUAUUAUAUUUAACUUGGAUUUGUUUUGCUCAGCACUUGAGGAGUGAAUAGAAUAAAUGUGGAAUAGCUAUGCCUUUUUUUUCUUUUUAAAAUUAAAUGUCAAUCACAAAUUAUUAUAAUAAUCUAUGCAAGUUUAAUUUAUUCUAAUUAAUUUUUUAACUUAUCAACAUUUACUAAAUUUAUACAGUUUAUCAGCAAUAUUAUAAGUGUGCAGUUAUGAAUAUUUUCAGUAUAAAAAAAAUAAACCAUUCGUAUUCCUAAUAUUUUUUACAUUACUAUUAAUGCUUAACUUAUAUAAAACAAAACACAAUAUUAUUAGUUUAAAAUUCUGUAAAAUAAAAUAAUUAAAGCAUUUUAUGAAAAUAUAUUAUUAACACUUCAAACGG